UAAUUAAUUAAUUAGAGAUAAAUGUGAAAGGAACGAUCCAUCGACACAACACUAGUUUGCGGGUAGCGAGUAGCGAUGCAUUGGUGCGUUCGAGAGAGUCGAUGAUGACAAGGCAAGGCACGUGUAUAUAUUCGCAGUCGCAGGUGGUCUGAUUACGCCAACUACAGUACAACGAGGUAAUAGUCGAUGGUUCUUCAGAUUUUGGUUUGAAGCCCAAAAUUAGUUUUAGUGAUAUGGGGACUGCAUCAUCUAUGUUAACUCAAUACGACAUCGAGGAAGUUCAGGAACACUGCAAUAAUUUAUUUUCCCAGCAGGAAAUUGUGUCCUUGUAUCAAAGGUUUUGUCAACUUGACCGCAAUGCCAAGGGAUUUAUUUCCGCAGAUGAGUUCUUGUCUGUUCCCGAAUUUGCCAUGAAUCCACUUUCUCAGAGGCUGCUAAAGAUGGCCGACGGCUUGAAUUUUAAAGACUUUGUGGCCUUCUUAUCUGCAUUCAGUGCCAAAGCCAGCGCACAACAAAAAAUUGAGCUUAUUUUCAAAGUAUACGAUUCAGACCGCAAUGGAAAGGUGUCUUUCAAAGAUAUGCUGGAAGUGCUAAAAGAUUUGUCGGGUUCAUUCAUGUCUGAUGACCAAAGAGAGGAAGUUCUCAGCCAGGUUCUAAGGGAAGCGGGAUACACAAAGGACUCCUACUUGACAUUGGAUGACUUCAUUAAGGUUCUUGGUCAAUCUGACCUAAAAAUGGAUGUUGAAGUCCCUGUUGAUUGAAACUACCUGCAGUUUUCCCUGUUCUCUUGAAAGAUAAAAAUUGUAAACUCUAUUCAUAGGAUUCUUGUAACAUAUUUCACGUGGAAAUGAAAAGUGCACAAAUACUGUUGUCCCCCUUCUUCUGGGGAUUCUUGUAAUGCUGUUGUUUUCCAGCCACUAGCUGUUUUAGAGCCAAUUUGAGAAGCUCGAGCAUGAUUUAGUUUUUCACAUUCUUUGACGUGUUAUACAACCUUUUGUGUCUCCUGGAUUCAGUUUUGAGGUAGUUCUUUUUAUUCGAAGUUUCUAACUGUUGGAUGAA